AUGGGCGAACGUUUUGCUCCCAAGGUACCAGUCCAACUGGACCCGCCAAAGGAUGACCCCAUUUCCCCAGAGGAAUUGGCCAAAUGCGACGGUUCCGAUUCCAGUCGCCCUACUCUCGUUGCUAUGAAGGGCAUUAUCUUUGAUGUCACCAAGAACCCGAUGUACGGAGCUACCGGCUCUUAUAAAGUGUUUGCCGGUAAGGAUGCCUCUCGUGCGCUCGCCAAGUCGUCAUUGAAGCCUGAGGAUUGCGUGCCGGAAUGGUAUGACCUUGAGGAUAAGGAGAAGACUGUCCUGGAUGAGUGGUACCAGUUCUUCAGCAAGCGGUAUAAUAUUGUUGGAAAGGUGGAGGGUGCGAAGAAUACCUAG